GGAGGGCCCGCCACCCUAUAUAAGGCACCCAGGACCGGCCAUUCAAGCUGCACUGGUGGCAGCAGCAGGCCUGCCCGGCCAGAGCCAACUCUGCCCUGUACGCCAUGCUCCAGCGCUGGCUGCUGCUGUGCUUCUGCGGGGCCCUGCUCAGCGCUGGUCUGCCCGAUGCGUAUGCCAGCCCAGGCCCCCAGAGGCCGAAGGACUCUCCACAGACAGCCCUGGACAAAGGCCGCUGCUCCACAUGGGGGCUCGGGCACUUCUCCACCUUCGACCACCAUGUGUAUGACUUCUCGGGGACGUGUAACUACAUCUUUGCGGCCACCUGCAAGGACACCUUCCCCACCUUCAGCAUCCAGCUGCGGCGAGGCCCAGAUGGAAGCAUCACGCGGAUCAUCGUGGAGCUGGGGGCCUCCGUCGUCACCGUGAGCAAAGGCACCAUCUCAGUCAAGGACAUCGGGGUCAUCAGCCCGCCCUACACGAGCAACGGGCUCCAGAUCACACCCUUUGGGCAGAGCGUGCGGCUGGUGGCCAAGCAGCUGGAGCUGGAGCUGGAGGUCAUGUGGGGCCCGGACGCCCACCUCAUGGUCCUGGUGGAGCAGAAGUACAUGGGCCAGAUGUGUGGACUCUGCGGGAACUUUGAUGGGAAGGUGACCAACGAGUUCGUCAGUGAGGAGGGCAAGCUCCUGGAACCCCACAAGUUUGCUGCCCUCCAGAAACUGGACGACCCGAGCGAGAUCUGUGCCUUCGAGGCCAUCCCCAGCCCCCCGGUCCGGCAGGCCCAGCACGCCCAGAUCUGCACCCAGCUUGUGACCUUGGUGGCCCCUGAGUGCAGCGUGCCCAAGGAGCCCUUCGUGAUGAGCUGCCAGGCAGACAUGGUGGCCACCCAGCCAGGCCCGGGGAACAGCAGCUGCGCCACACUCUCUGAGUACUCCCGCCAGUGCAGCAUGGAGCAGCAGCCCGUCCGCCGCUGGCGGGGCCCCAGCCUCUGCCCCGUGGGUCAGUGCCCGGCCAACCAGGUGUACCAGGAGUGCGGCUCGGCCUGCGUGAAGACCUGUUCCAAUCCCCAGCACAGCUGCUCCAGCACCUGCACCUUCGGCUGCUUCUGCCCGGAAGGGACAGUCCUGAACGACCUCUCCAAUAACCACACCUGCGUGCCUGUCACCCAGUGCCCCUGUGUGCUCAACGGUGCCACGUAUGCCCCUGGGGCAGUCACGACAGCUGCCUGCCGAACCUGCCAGUGCACCCUGGGCCGCUGGGCGUGCACGGAGCGGCCGUGCCCCGGCCACUGCUCCCUGGAAGGCAGCUCCUUUGUCACCACAUUCGACGCCAGGCCCUACCGCUUCCAUGGCACCUGCACCUACAUCCUCCUCCAGAGCCCCCAGCUUCCCGAAGACGGCACCCUCAUGGCCGUAUACGACAAGUCCGGCUUCUCGCACUCCGAGACCUCCCUGGUGGCUGUCGUCUACCUCUCCAGGCAGGACAAAAUCGUGAUCUCUCAGGACGAGGUUGUCAGCAACAACGGAGGCGCCAAGUGGCUGCCCUACAGGACUCGCAACAUCACGGUCUUCAGGCAGUCGUCCACCCACCUCCAAAUGGCCACCAGCUUCGGGCUGGAGCUUGUGGUGCAGCUGCGCCCCGUCUUCCAGGCUUACAUCACUGUCGGGCCCCAGUUCAGAGGCAAGACCAGAGGACUCUGUGGCAACUUCAACGGGGACACGACAGAUGACUUCACCACCAGCCUGGGCAUCCCUGAGGGCACCGCCUCGCUGUUUGUGGACUCCUGGCGGGCAGGGAACUGUCCAGCUGCUCUGGAGCGUGAGACUGACCCCUGCUCCAUGAGCCAGCUCAACAAGGUGUGUGCGGAAACCCACUGCUCCGUCCUGCUGAGGAUGGGCACAGUGUUCGAGAGGUGCCACGCCACGGUGAACCCCACGCCCUUCUACAAGAGGUGUGUAUAUCAGGCCUGCAACUACGAGGAGACCUUCCCCCACAUCUGCGCCGCCCUGGGAGACUAUGUUCACGCCUGCUCCUCGCGGGGCGUCCUGCUCUGGGGCUGGAGAAGCAGCGUGGAGAACUGCACCAUCCCCUGCACGGGCAACAGCACCUUCAGCUACCACAGCCAAGCCUGUGAGCGCACCUGCCUGUCGCUGUCCGACCGCGCUGCUGAGUGCCACGCCAGCGCAGUGCCUGUGGAUGGCUGCAACUGCCCCGACGGCACCUAUCUGAACCACAAGGGCGAGUGUGUGCACAAGGCCCAGUGCCCCUGCACGCUGGAGGGCUACAAGUUCAUCCUGGCCCAGCAGGCCACCGUGAUCAAUGGUGCCACCUGCUACUGCACCAAUGGGCGGCUGAGUUGCCCACAGCGGCCACAGAUGUUUCUGGCCUCCUGUCCGACCCCCAAGACCUUCGAGUCCUGCAGCCAGUCCUCCGAAAACAAGUUCGGGGCGGCCUGUGCCCCCACGUGCCAGAUGCUGGCCACCGGUGUCACCUGUGUGCCUACCAAGUGUGAGCCUGGUUGUGUCUGCGCCAAGGGCCUCUACGAGAAUGCCGACGGGCAGUGUGUGCCUCCCGAGGAGUGCCCGUGUGAGUUCUCGGGGGUCUCCUACCCUGGGGGAGCUGAGCUGCACACCGACUGCAGGACCUGCACCUGCUCAAGUGGGAGGUGGGCCUGCCAACAGGCCGCCCACUGCCCGUCCACCUGCACCCUCUAUGGGGAGGGCCACAUCGUCACCUUCGACGGCCAGCGCUUUGUAUUUGACGGCAGCUGCGAGUAUCUCCUGGCCACGGAUGGCUGUGGUGCCAAUGACUCCCAGCCCACCUUCAAGAUCCUGACGGAGAACGUGGUCUGUGGGAAGGCUGGGGUCACCUGCUCUCGGGCCAUCAAGCUCUUCCUGGGGGGCCUGUCCGUCGUGCUGGCGGACAGAAACUACACAGUCUCCGGGGAGGAGCCGCAUGUGCAGCUCCGGGUGAGGCCGGACGCUCUGAGCCUUGCCGUGGACGUCGGCGUCCCCGGGAGGUACAACCUGACACUCAUCUGGAACAGGCACAUGACCAUCCUCAUCAGGAUCGCCCGAGCCUCUCAGGACGCCAUCUGCGGCUUGUGCGGCAACUUCAACGGAAACAUGAAGGACGACUUCGAGACACGCAGCCAGUACGUGGCAUCCAGCGAGCUGGAGUUUGUGAACUCGUGGAAGGAGAGCCCGCUGUGCGGGGACGUGAGCUUCGUGGCAGACCCCUGCAGCCUCAACGCCUUCCGGCGCUCCUGGGCUGAGCGCAAGUGCAGUAUCAUCAACAGCCAGACCUUCGCCGCCUGCCACAGCAAGGUGUACCACCUGCCCUACUACGAGGCCUGCGUGCGCGACGCAUGCGGGUGUGACAGCGGCGGAGACUGUGAGUGUCUGUGCGACGCCGUGGCUGCCUACGCCCAAGCCUGCCUGGACAAGGGCGUGUGCGUGGACUGGAGGACCCCGGCCUUCUGCCCCAUCUACUGCGGCUUCUACAACACCCACACGCAGGACGGCCACGGCGAGUACCAGUACACGGAGGAGGCCAACUGCACAUGGCACUACCAGCCCUGCCUCUGCCCCGGCCGGCCACAGAGCGUCCCAGGCAGCAACGUCGAAGGCUGCUACAACUGCUCCCAGGAUGAGUACUUCGACCACGAGGAGGGCGUGUGCAUGCCAUGCGUGCCACCCACCACACCGCAGCCGCCCAUCACAGGUGAUUGCAUGCACACUAGGUGCCAAGGCUCACGACCCACACAAGUCUGGCCCACGAUGGGAGCCACGACCAUCAGACUCCUCAGCUCCACUGGACCCACACCCAGCUCCAAAAGCACCACUGCUGGCCCCACCCAGACACCCCUCGUCCCAGCCACACUCACGCCCUCCAAGCCCACGGCCUCCUCGGGAGAACCACUGAGACCGACCACAGCCAUCACCCCUCAAGCCACAUCAGGGCAGACUCCCACAGCCACGCUGAGGUCGACAGCCACAAAACCCGCUGUGACCCAGGCCACGACCUGGGCCACGGCAUCCACCACCAGCCCAGCCACAAAGUCCACAGCUCAGUCCACGACACGAACCACAGCGACACCACCAAUACCAGCAACAUCAGGGACAAGCCCCACGCUGGCAAAAUCCACCCAUCAGGAACUGCCAGGCACAACGGCCACUCAGACAACAGGCCCACAUCCAACCGCAGCCAGCACCACAAGCCCAACCACCCCACGGCCAGAACAACCCACGAGGCCCACAGCCACGAAGAGGACAACGCACACAAGAACAACUACAGAAGACGCAACGCCACAAAUGCCACACACCACUCACUCCACAGCUACAGGUGGCAGUCCCGCCUCUUCCACUGGUCCUAUGACUGCAGCAUCCUUCAAGACCACUGCUACACAUCCAACCCCACCACACCCUCACACCACACUUCCCACUCACGUUCCACCUUUCUCCACCUCCUCAGUGACUCCAAGUACGAACAAGAUCAUCACUUCUACCCACCCACCGACAUCCAUUUCCCCCUCCAUCCACUCAACCCCCACAGGCACCAUGCCAGUACCCACAACAGUCAAGGUCACAGGGACCACACACACAGCCCCACCAAUCACGGCCACCACCAGUGGGACCAGCCAAGCCCACAGCUCAUUCAGCACAGCCACAACCUCUACAUCCCUCAGCUCACACGCUUCCUCCACACACCGUCCUGAAACCACCCCAACUUCUUCCACCACCGUUACUCCCAAGACCACCAGCAGAGGAACUGGCACCCCUGUGGCCACCACCACCUCAGCCACCAAAAGCCAGCCACCCACACCCCUCACUACACACUCCCCACCUAUAGACGGCAGUCCUGUCUCUUCCACUGGUCCUAUGACUGCAACAUCCUUCAAGACCACGACUACACAUCCAACCCCGCCACACCCUGAGACCACACUUUCAACUCACGUUCCACCUUUCUCCACCUCCUCAGGGACUCUCAGUACUCACACAGUCAUCAUCCAUACACACCCACCAACGUCCACUUCCCCCUCCAUCCACUCAACCCCCACAGGCACUAUUCCUCCACAGACAACGGUUAAGGCCACAGGAUCCACGUACACAGCCCUACCAAUCACGGCCACCACAAGUGGGACCAGCCAAGCCCACAGCUCAUUCAGCACAGCCAAAACCUCCACAUCCCUCAGCUCACAUGCUUCCUCCACACACCAUCCUGAAACCACCCCAGCUUCUUCCACCACCAUUACUCCCAAGACCACCAGUAGAGGCACUGGCACCCCUGUGGCCACCACCUCAGCCACCAAAAGCCAGCCACCCACACCCCUUACCACACACUCCCCACCUACAGGCAGCAAUCCUGUCUCUUCCACUGGUCCUAUGACUGCAACAUCCUUCAAGACCACGACUACCCAUCCAACCACACCACACCCUGAAACCACACUUUCCACUCACAUUCCACAUUUCUCCACCUCCUCAGUGACUCCCAGUACUCACACAGUCAUCACUCCUACACACCCACAAAUGUCUACUUCCCCCUCUAUCCACUCAACCCCCACAGGCACCAUGCCUCCACAGACAACGGACAGAGCCACAGGGUCCACACACACAGCCCCUCCAAUGACAGCCACCACCAGUGGGACCAGCCAAGCCCACAGCUCAUUCAGCACAGCCACAACCUCUAUAUCCCUCCACUCACAGGCAUCCUCCACACACUAUCCUGAAACCACCCCAAUUCCUACCACCACCAGUACUCCAAAGGCCACUGGUACAGGACCCAGCACCCCUGUGGCCCACAGCACCUCGGCCACCAGCCCCAGGCCACCCACACCCUUCACCACACACUCCCCACCUACAGGGAGCAAUCCCAUCUCUUCCACUGGUCCUACGACUACAACCUCCUUCAAGACCACCACAAUCCAUUCAACUCCACCACACUCUCAGACCACACUUCCCACUCAGGUUCCACCGUUCUCCACAUCUUCAGUGACUCCCAGAACUCACACGAUCAUCACCACUACCUACCCACCAAUGUCCACUUCCCCCUCCAUCCACUCAACCCCCACAGGCACCGUGCCAGUACCCACAACGGUCAAGGUCACAGGGACCACACACACAGCCCCACCAAUCACGGCCACCACCAGUGUGACCAGCCACGCCCACAGCUCAUUCAGCACAGCCACAACCUCCACAUCCCUCAGCUCACAUGCUUCCUCCACACACCAUCCUGAAACCGCCCCAACUUCUACCACCAGCAUUAUUCCAAAGCCCACUGGUACAGGAACCAGCACCCUUGUGGCCCACAGCACCUCAGCCACCAGCAACAGGCCAGCCACGCCCAUCACGACACACUCCCCACCUACGGGGAACAGUCCUGUCUCUUCCGCUGGUCCUAUAACUGCAACAUCCUUCAAGACCACGACUACACAUGCAACCCCACCACACCCUGAGACCACACUUUCCACUCACGUUCCACCUUUCUCCACCUCCUCAGGGACUCCCAGUAGUCACACAGUCAUCACCCAUACACACCCACCAAUGUCCACUUCCCCCUCCACCCAUUCAAUCCCCACAGGCACUAUUCCUCCACAGACAACGGUCAGAGCCACAGGAUCCACACACACAGCCACACCAGUGACAGGCACCACAAGUGGGACCAGCCAAGCCCACAGCUCAUUCAGCACAGACACAAUGUCUAUAUCCCUCCACUCACAGGCAUCCUCCACACACUAUCCUGAAACCACCCCAAUUCCUACCACCACCAGUACUCCAAAGCCCACUGGUACAGGAACCAACACCCCUGGGGCCCACAGCACCUCGGCCACCAGCCCCAGGCCACCCACACCCUUCACCACACACUCCCCACCUACGGGGAGCAAUCCCAUCUCUUCCACUGGUCCUACGACUACAACAUCCUUCAAGACCACCACGAUCCAUUCAACUCCACCACACUCUCAGACCACACUUCCCACUCAGGUUCCACCGUUCUCCACAUCUUCAGUGACUCCCAGAACUCACACAAUCAUCACCACUACCUACCCCCCAAUGUCCACUUCCCCCUCCAUCCACUCAAAUCCGACAGGCACCAGCACCAUGUCUGUACCCACGACAGUCAAGGUCACAGGGUCCACGCACACAGCCCCACCAAUGACGGCCACCACCAGUGGGACCAGCCACGCCCACAGCUCAUUCAGCACAGCCACAGGCUCUACAUCCCUCAGCUCACACGCUUCCUCCACACACCGUCCUGAAACCACCCCUACUUCUUCCACCAUCAUUACUCCCAAGACCACCAGUAGAGGAAUCAGCACCCCUGUAGCCCAUACGACCUCAGCCACGAGCCAUGGGCCACCCAUACCCUUCACCACACACUCCCCAUCCCCACCUACAGGGAGCAAGCCCGUCUCUUCCACUGGUCCCAUGACUACAACAUCCUUCAAGACCACGACAACCCAUCCAACCCCACCACACCCUCACACACCACUUUCCACUCACGUUCCACCUUUCUCCACCUCCGCAGUGACUCCCAGUACUCACAUGAUUACCACACAUACACAGCCACCAAUCUCCACUUCCCCCUCCAUCCACUCAACCCCCACAGGCACCAUUCCUCCACAGACAAUGGUCAAGACCACAGGAUCCACACACACAGCCCUACCAAUUACGGAGUCCACUAGUGGGACCAGCCAGGCACACAGCUCAUUCAGCACAGCCACAACCCCAACACCCCUCCACUCACACGCCUCCUCCACACACCGUCCUGAAACCAUCCCAACUUCUUCCACCACCAUUACUCCAAAGCCAACUGGUACAGGAACCAGCACACCUGUAGCCCACACGACCUCGGCCACGAGCCAUGGGCCACCCACACCCUUCACCACACACUCCCCACCUACAGGGAGCAAGCCCGUCUCUUCCACUGGUCCCACAACUACAACAUCCUUCAAGACAAACACAAUCCAUCCAACCCCACCACACCCUCAGACCACACUUCCCACUCACAUUCCACAUUUCUCCACCUCUUCAGUGACUCCAAGUACACACAAGAUCGUCACCUCUACCCACCCACUAAUAUCCACUUCCCCCUCCAUCCACUCAACCCCCCCACACACCCUGCCAGUACUCACAACGAUCAAGGUCACAGGGACCACACACACAGCCCCACCAAUGACAGCCACCACAAGUGGGACCAGCCACGCCCACAGCUCAUUCAGCACAGCCACAACCUCUACAUCCCUCAGCUCACACGCUUCCUCCACACACCGUCCUGAAACCACCCCAUCUUCUUCCACCAUUACUCCCAAGACCACCAGUAGAGGAACUGGCACCCCUGUGGCCACCACCACCUCGGCCACCAGCAGCCAGCCAACCACACCCUUCACCAUACACUCCUCACCUACCGGUGGCAGUUCCGUCUCUUCCACUGGUCCUAUGACUGCAACAUCCUUCAAGACCACGACUACCCAUUCAACCCCACCACACCCUGAGACCACACUUUCCACUCACGUUCCACCUUUCUCCACCUCCUCAGUGACUCCCAGUAGUCACACUGUAAUCACCCCUACACACCCACCAACGUCCACUUCCCCCUCCAUCCACUCAACCCCCACAGGCACCGUGCCAGUACCCACAACAAUCAAGGUCACAGGGACCACACACACAGCCCCACCAAUCACGGCCACCACCAGUGGGACCAGCCACGCCCACAGCUCAUUCAGCACAGCCACAACCUCUACAUCCCUCAGCUCACACGCUUCCUCCACACACCGUCCUGAAACCACCCCAUCUUCUUCCACCACCAUUACUGCCAAGACCACCAGUAGAGGAACUGGCACCCCUGUGGCCACCACCACCUCAGCCACCAAAAGCCAGCCACCCACGCCCUUCACCACACACUCCACACCUACAGGGAGCAGACCCAUCUCUUCCACUGGUCCUAUGACUGCAACAUCCUUCAAGACCACAACUACACAUCCAACCCCGCCACACCCACAGAUGACACUUCCCACUCACGUUCCACCUUUCUCCACCUCCUCAGUGACUCCCAGUAGUCACACAGUCAUCACUCCUACCCACCCACCAACGUCCACUUCCCCCUCCAUCCACUCAACCCCCACAGGCACCGUGCCAGUACCCACAACAAUCAAGGUCACAGGGACCACACACACAGCCCCACCAAUCACGGCCACCACCAGUGGGACCAGCCACACCCACAGCUCAUUCAGCACAGCCACAACCUCUACAUCCCUCAGCUCACACGCCUCCUCCACACACCAUCCUGAAACCACCCCAACUUCUUCCACCAUUACUCCCAAGACCACCAGUAGAGGAACGAGCACCCCUGUGGCCACCACCACUUCGGCCAGCAGCAGCAGACCACCCACACCCUUCACCACACACUCCACAGCUACAGAGGGGAGUCCCAUCUCUUCCACUGGUCCUAUGACUACAACAUCCUUCAAGACCACCACUACUCAUCCAACCCCGCCACACCCUCACACACUUUCCACUCACGUUCCACCUUUCUCCACCUCCUCAGUGACUCCCAGUACUCACACAGUCAUCACCCCUACACACCCACCAAUGUCCACUUCCCCCUCCUUCCACUCAACCCCCACAGGCAUCAUUCCUCCAAACACAACGGUCAAGACCACAGGAUCCACACACACACCCCUACCAAUUACAGAGACCACCAGCGGAAUCAGUCAAGCCCAGAGCUCAUUCAGCACAGCCACAACCCCAACACCCCUCCACUCACACGCGUCCUCCACACACCAUCCUGAAACCAUCCCAACUUCUUCCACCACCAGUAUUCCAAAGCCCACUGGUACAGGAACCGGUACACCUGUAGCCCACACGACCUCAGCCACGAGCCAUGGGCCACCCAUACCCUUCACCACACACUCCCCACCCCCACCUACAGAAAGCAAGCCCGUCUCUUCCACUGGUCCCAUGACUACAACACCCUUCAAGACCACGACAACCCAUCCAACCCCACCACACCCUCACACACCACUUUCCACUCACGUUCCACCUUUCUCCACCUCCGCAGUGACUCCCAGUACUCACAUGAUUAUCACGCAUACACACCCACCAAUCUCCACUUCCCCCUCCAUCCACUCAACCCCCACAGGCACCAUUCCUCCACAGACAAUGGUCAAGACCACAGGAUCCACACACACAGCCCUACCAAUUACGGAGUCCACUAGUGGGACCAGCCAGGCACACAGCUCAUUCAGCACAGCCACAGCCCCAACACCCCUCCACUCACACGCGUCCUCCACACACCGUCCUGAAACCAUCCCAACUUCUUCCACCACCAUUACUCCAAAGCCAACUGGUACAGGAACCAGCACACCUGUAGCCCACACGACCUCGGCCACGAGCCAUGGGCCACCCACACCCUUCACCACACACUCCCCACCUACAGGGAGCAAGCCCGUCUCUUCCACUGGUCCCACAACUACAACAUCCUUCAAGACAAACACAAUCCAUCCAACCCCACCACACCCUCAGACCACACUUCCCACUCACAUUCCACAUUUCUCCACCUCUUCAGUGACUCCAAGUACACACAAGAUCGUCACCUCUACCCACCCACUGAUAUCCACUUCCCCCUCCAUCCACUCAACCCCCCCACACACCCUGCCAGUACUCACAACGAUCAAGGUCACAGGGACCACACACACAGCCCCACCAAUGACGGCCACCACAAGUGGGACCAGCCACGCCCACAGCUCAUUCAGCACAGCCACAACCUCUACAUCCCUCAGCUCACACGCUUCCUCCACACACCGUCCUGAAACCACCCCAUCUUCUUCCACCACCAUUACUGCCAAGACCACCAGUAGAGGAACUGGCACCCCUGUGGCCACCACCACCUCAGCCACCAAAAGCCAGCCACCCACGCCCUUCACCACACACUCCACACCUACAGGGAGCAGACCCAUCUCUUCCACUGGUCCUAUGACUGCAACAUCCUUCAAGACCACAACUACACAUCCAACCCCGCCACACCCACAGACGACACUUCCCACUCACGUUCCACCUUUCUCCACCUCCUCAGUGACUCCCAGUAGUCACACAGUCAUCACUCCUACCCACCCACCAACGUCCACUUCCCCCUCCAUCCACUCAACCCCCACAGGCACCGUGCCAGUACCCACAACAAUCAAGGUCACAGGGACCACACACACAGCCCCACCAAUCACGGCCACCACCAGUGGGACCAGCCACACCCACAGCUCAUUCAGCACAGCCACAACCUCUACAUCCCUCAGCUCACACGCCUCCUCCACACACCAUCCUGAAACCACCCCAACUUCUUCCACCAUUACUCCCAAGACCACCAGUAGAGGAACGAGCACCCCUGUGGCCACCACCACUUCGGCCAGCAGCAGCAGACCACCCACACCCUUCACCACACACUCCACAGCUACAGAGGGGAGUCCCAUCUCUUCCACUGGUCCUAUGACUACAACAUCCUUCAAGACCACCACUACUCAUCCAACCCCGCCACACCCUCACACACUUUCCACUCACGUUCCACCUUUCUCCACCUCCUCAGUGACUCCCAGUACUCACACAGUCAUCACCCCUACACACCCACCAAUGUCCACUUCCCCCUCCUUCCACUCAACCCCCACAGGCAUCAUUCCUCCAAAGACAACGGUCAAGACCACAGGAUCCACACACACAGCCCUACCAAUUACAGAGACCACCAGUGGAAUCAGUCAAGCCCAGAGCUCAUUCAGCACAGCCACAACCCCAACACCCCUCCACUCACACGUGUCCUCCACACACCAUCCUGAAACCAUCCCAACUUCUUCCACCACCGUUACUCCAAAGCCCACUGGUACAGGAACUGGUACACCUGUAGCCCACACGACCUCAGCCACGAGCCAUGGGCCACCCAUACCCUUCACCACACACUCCCCACCCCCACCUACAGAAAGCAAGCCCGUCUCUUCCACUGGUCCCAUGACUACAACACCCUUCAAGACCACGACAACCCAUCCAACCCCACCACACCCUCACACACCACUUUCCACUCACGUUCCACCUUUCUCCACCUCCGCAGUGACUCCCAGUACUCACAUGAUUAUCACACAUACACAGCCACCGAUCUCCACUUCCCCCUCCAUCCACUCAACCCCCACAGGCACCAUUCCUCCACAGACAAUGGUCAAGACCACAGGAUCCACACACACAGCCCUACCAAUUACGGAGUCCACCAGUGGGACCAGCCAGGCACACAGCUCAUUCAGCACAGCCACAGCCCCAACACCCCUCCACUCACACGCCUCCUCCACACACCGUCCUGAAACCAUCCCAACUUCUUCCACCACCAUUACUCCAAAGCCAACUGGUACAGGAACCAGCACACCUGUAGCCCACACGACCUCGGCCACGAGCCAUGGGCCACCCACACCCUUCACCACACACUCCCCACCUACAGGGAGCAAGCCCGUCUCUUCCACUGGUCCCACAACUACAACAUCCUUCAAGACAAACACAAUCCAUCCAACCCCACCACACCCUCAGACCACACUUCCCACUCACAUUCCACAUUUCUCCACCUCUUCAGUGACUCCAAGUACACACAAGAUCGUCACCUCUACCCACCCACUGAUAUCCACUUCCCCCUCCAUCCACUCAACCCCCCCACACACCCUGCCAGUACUCACAACGAUCAAGGUCACAGGGACCACACACACAGCCCCACCAAUCACAGCCACCACCAGUGGGACCAGCCACGCCCACAGCUCAUUCAGCACAGCCACAACCUCUACAUCCCUCAGCUCACACGCUUCCUCCACACACCGUCCUGAAACCACCCCAUCUUCUUCCACCACCGUUACUCCCAAGACCACCAGUAGAGGAACUGGCACCCCUGUGGCCACCACCACCUCGGCCAGCAGCAGCAGACCACCCACACCCUUCACCACACACUCCACUGCUACGGAGGGGAGUCCCAUCUCUUCCACUGGUCCUAUGACUAUAACAUCCUUCAAGACCACCACUACUCAUCCAACCCCGCCACACCCUCACACCACACUUUCCACUCACAUUCCACAUUUCUCCACCUCCUCAGUGACUCCCAGUAGUCACACAGUCAUCACUCCUACCCACCCACCAAUGUCCACUUCCCCCUCCAUCCACUCAACCCCCACAGGCAUCAUUCCUCCACAGACAACGAUCAAGACCACAGGAUCCACACACACAGCCCUACCAAUUACAGAGACCACCAGUGGAAUCAGUCAAGCCCACAGCUCAUUCAGCACAGCCACAACCCCAACACCCCUCCACUCACACGCCUCCUCCACACACCAUCCUGAAACCACCCCAAGUUAUUCCACCACCGUUAGUCCAAAGACCACCAGUAGAGGAACUGGCACCCCUGUGGCCACCACCACCUCGGCCACCAGCAGCCAGCCAACCACACCCCUUACCACACACUCCCCACCUACCGGUGGCAGUUUCGCGUCUUCCACUGGUCCUAUGACUGCAACAUCCUUCAAGACCACGACUACACAUCCAACCCCACCACACUCUCAGACCACACUUUCCACUCACGUUCCACCUUUCUCCACCUCCUCAGUGACUCCCAGUACUCACACAGUCAUCACUCCUACCCACCCAUCAAUGUCCACUUCCUCCUCCAUCCACUCAACCCCCACAGGCACCAUGCCAGUACCCACAACAGUCAAGGUCACAGGGACCACACACACAGCCCCACCAAUCACGGCCACCACCAGUGGGACCAGCCACGCCCACAGCUCAUUCAGCACAGCCACAGGCUCUACAUCCCUCAGCUCACACACUUCCUCCACACACCAUCCUGAAACCACCCCAACUUCUACCACCAAUAUCACUCCAAACCCCACUAGUAGAGGAACCGGCACCCCUGUGGCCCACAGCACCUCAGCUUCCAGCCACAGGCCAGCCACGCCCUUCACCACACACUCCACACCUACCAGUGGCAGUUUCGCGUCUUCCACUGGUCCUAUAACUGCAACAUCCUUCAAGACCACGACUACCCAUCCAACCCCACCACACCCUGAGACCACACUUUCCACUCACGUUCCACAUUUCUCCACCUCCUCGGUGACUGCCAGUAGUCACACGGUCAUCACCCCUACCCACCCACCAAUGUCCACUUCCCCCUCCAUCCACUCAACCCCCAUAAACACUAUUCCUCCACAGACAACUGUUGAGGCCACAGGAUCCAUGUACACAGCCCCACCAAUGACAGCCACCACCAGUGGGACCAGCCACGCCCACAGCUCAUUCAGCACAGCCACAGGCUCUACUGCCUUCAUAUCCUCCUCCUCUUGGUCACCUCAGAACUCUAGCUCAAGGCCACCAUCAUCGUCUUCUGCCACCACACCACUGCCCCAUUCACGUUCUCCAACCACUCCAGUUUCUGCAACUCAUCAGCUGCACUCCUCCUCGUCUUCCCCGCCAGCCUCUGCACCCUCUUCCCUUACUUCUCACGUUUCCCCCUCCCACUCCUCUCCCCAGACUUCAUCUUCCUCAGUGGUGUCUGCGCCCGUGCACUCCACAAGCCUGAGCUCAGGCUCCCACUCCUCCUUUUUCACUCGUUCCACAGCUGCGUCGGCGUCUGUGCCUCCUUUUUCUCCUUCUCCAGCUGCCUCUACCACCAGCAGGGCCUCCCUCCCCCACACAACUUCCCCUCCUGUCGGCCUCUCCACUCUGCUCCCCGUAUCCACUCCCACUGCAUCCAGCACCACAGCAUUUCCAUCCACGCACAGCACCACGACCAGCACCCACCCCACCUCUGCCGUCUCUUCUCAGUCCACCACCUGGAGCUUCACUUCUCUCACCACCCGAGUUCCUACACCAGGCUUCGUGUCACUCACCUCGGGGGUGACAGGUAUCCCAAGCUCUCCCAUCACCAACCUCACCACCAGGCACCCUGGUCCCACCUCGCUGCGCACCACACGGUUCCUGACCAGCUCCCUCACUGCACGUGGAAGCACCCCUGCUUCUGCCCCAGUAUCUUCUCUUGUGACAACUACGCCCAGCUCAUCCAGGGUCUGCAGCGUGCAGGAGCAGCAGGAGGAGAUCACGUUCAAGGGCUGCGUGGCCAAUGUGACAGUGACCCACUGUGAGGGUGUCUGCAUUUCCUCCGCCAGCUUCAACAUUGACACCCAGCAGCUGGAUGCCCGCUGCAGCUGCUGCCGCCCGCUCCAUUCCCACGAGCAGCAGCUCGAGCUGCCCUGCCCAGACCCCAGUGCGCCUGGCCGGCGGCUCGUGCUCAUCCUGCAGGUGUUUAGCCGUUGCGUGUGCAGCUCUGUGAGCUGUGGACACUAGCGGGGUCGCUGCCUGGUCUCCUGGGAGUGAAGGGCUGCAGAUGACAGAGAAGGACAACCCCUCCCACCAGCCCCUUCCUGCUCGUGCCGGCAGCUGCGUUCCUGGUACGCAGCCCUGGCCCCCAACAGCCCUCGGCCGUGGCUCAUCUGAGGCACUGGUGGGAGAGAGGCUGCCAAGCAGAGGCUCAGACCACCACACCCCUGCAGACCCUGACCCAGCAGAGUGGGACUGAGGCAGGCAGUGGCCACGGACCCUCCCAGGCACACAGGGCACUCCCAACCACCCCUGUCCACUGUCCAACACCUCCCAGCCUCUGAACUGGACCCCAGCCCUGCUGGGCCCAGAACGCUGCAGAUGAGGUUGUGGAGCAGGUGCUGGGCCAGACCCAUCGGGGGCGGGGACAACAUGGGAACCUGUGAAGAGCUGGGGGCAAGAGGCCCAGGCAGGCACCGGCCCAGAGAAGGGGCCUCCCAGGGUCAGGGAGGACACAGAGUGGCAGGGAAGGUGGGGCAGCCACCCCCAGCUCCCAGCCAGCCAGGAGCCCCCUCCCCACCAGCACCACGCCGUCCCCAGCAGCUUGUCCUGGGAAGACAGCUUCACCUGGCCACAGACUCCAAAUAAACUGGUUCUUGUCAAGGCACUGAGACUGGCCCCCGAGCAUUGCUUUUGCCUUUCCCCAGCCCCUUCGAUCUGAGGCACCCACCCCACACCGGCACCCUGUGGGCUCUGCACUCUGGGGCUGGGCUGAGAAGAGAAGCUGGCUCUGGCCCCGGGCCCUCCGCUCCCUGCACCAGGACUGUCCCAUCUCUGGCAAAGCCACCAUCCCCCAGGGGCUACCCCCAUCUGCCCGAGGGCCCCUCUGCCCCAUCUGUGGUAGGAUCGACUAAAGGAUCCCAUGUGCGGCCCCCUCACACCCACAUGCAGCUUGGCAGGCCCAUUCUGCCAAGAAUGGGAGGGAAACCCGAGGCCAGGCUGGAGGGGUUCCCACAGGACCUAAGUCCCCAAAAGCUCCACCACACACCCAAAAUCCAAUGGGCAGAACCAAGGACAGGCCCACCUCCAACACG